AAAAUUUGUUAACAAACAGACUGAGAAAGAGAGGUUGCACCGCCCCGUCCCCUUCCUUACCAUGGCUCGUUAGACUGCUGGUGGUGGAUUCAAUGGCUGAAUUGAAAAGCUGUAAUGAAUGGUACCCUUUUAUUGUGAUGAUAGCAGUUGAUUUUUCUUUUUCUGUGGUGAAUAUUCUUCUUAAGAAAGUCCUUGAUGAUGGGAUGAACCAUUUGGUUCUCAUAACAUUCCGGCUGUCAAUCUCUACAAUUUUCUUGGUCCCCAUUGGAUACUUUUGGGAAAGGAACAGCAGACCGAAGCUCACUCCACGCAUUUUAUGUUACCUCUUCUGCAGUGCAAUCGUGGGGGCCUCACUAACGCAGUACUUCUUUCUCUUUGGAAUUCAAUACACAUCCGCUACAUUCGCAUGCGCUUUCGUCAACAUAGUGCCGGUGACCACGUUUAUAAUGGCAUUACCAUUUCGGAUCGAAACCGUGAACCUCAAAAGCAAAAGCGGGAGAGCGAAAAUACUCGGCUCGGUGAUUUGUGUAGGAGGUGCCCUGCUAUUAACAUUUUAUAAAGGAAGGCCCUUAUUCAAACACCCGCACUCACAUGCCAUGGCUCCGACCGUCUCGAAUGCCGUCAAGUUGAGCUCUUCUAGGAAGGCAGAAAGGUGGACCAUCGGUUGCUUAGCUCUUAUAGUGGGAACCCUGUUGUGGUCUUCAUGGUUUAUCAUUCAAUCAUACGUUGGAAGAAGAUAUCCUUGCCAAUUCUCCAGCACUGCAAUCAUGUCGUUCUUCGGUGCAAUUCAAUCGGCUGCCUUCAGCUUGCUUACGAACAGGGACCUUUCCAUGUGGGCACCCAAGGGAAAAGUUGAAAUCAUAACUGUCCUCUAUGCAGGAAUGAUAGGGUCCGGCUUGUCAUUCGUCUGCAUGGCGUGGUGUGUCAAGAAGAGGGGUCCGGUCUUCACGGCAGCCUUCAGUCCUCUCGUUCAGAUAAUGGCAGCCAUGUUUGAUAUCCCCAUCCUUCGUGAACAACUCAAUCUUGGAAGUUUCUUGGGUUCGAUAGUCGUCAUCCUCGGACUGUAUAUUCUUCUUUGGGGAAAGAACAGAGAGAUGCAGAACAGUGCAUCAAAAAAUGCUCAACAAGCCAAAGAGAUUAGGGAACAAGAGGCUCAGUUACCAGUCAUUACGGUUUCUUGCGAUUCAAGUUGUUCCGAGACCAAGUAGCGUUUUGCUGCCGCCUAACUCUUUAAGUCCAUUCAUGUGGUAUUCCAAUAACCCUCUUGAUUAAAUACCACCAAAUAUGUUUCAACUUCUCUCGUUCAAUUGCUCCGCAAACAAAGA